AACGAUUCCUAUGGCCGACACUUCCAACACCUGACUAUUCUGGGUUUGAGUCUGGCAACAUUGACUUUCAUCAUCGGUCUGCUGGCAGACUUGACAUUGUCGACAAAGCUAUUCAGGAUUAAGAAUGUUUUGUCCGUUACUAGUGCUCCUAUGGAAGUGUUGAUUAGUAUCUUAUACUGGGGUCUCAAGGGUAUCGACGAAACCCUCGUCCUCCCAGACUGGGCCCCCAGGAUUCCCUUUGGAGCCGAUUUCUCCUUCCACGCCGCACCCUCGAUAGCGCUGAUCCUGGACCUCCUCUUUUUCUCCCCACCAUACACUGUUUCCGUAUUGCCGGCUCUGGGCAUCAGCAGCGGUAUCGCCGUUUCCUACUGGUUCUGGGUCGAGGAAUGCUACAAGCAUAAUGGAUGGUAUCCUUAUCCCAUUUUUGAUGUUUUGGGUACUGCCGGCAGGGUUGGUCUCUUCGCGGGUAGUGCUGUGGUCAUGACUGCUAGCACGCUUUGCUUGAAGUGGAUGUACAAUCGUGUCAAUGUGCAUGCCCAAGAUGUCAAGAACAAGCCCAAGUGAGUGAAAACACAUAUACGACAACACAUUUAGACGACAACAAGACAUGUAGACAUUUAGGUACGAAACGCCAUGGCAUAUUACAUUUACGACGCAAGACAUGAGACGAAGACGAUAUUGUAGUGCAGGAAAGAAUCCGCGGUCAAGCGGAUGGAAGAUCAUAUUCUUAAUGUUAGGCAGACACCCGCCCUGGUUGCAAGGUCCACGGAUACCCAAUAAGGCUCCUCUGUACACGACCCCAAACUCCGAUACCAUAGCCCUUCGAGGGUCUCCAGCCACCAAACGCCACAUCAAUGCAUCACUGCCACAGGUGCAAUACAAUGUAAUCGACAGAGAAAAAGGAAAACAUGAGGAAGGAGAAGAAAAAUAGCCAUGAAGGCC